CAAGUGCACGGGAAAAAAUGAAAUUCGUUAUCGUUCUUCUGGUCCUGGUGGCCACCGUUUCGGCAAUCAGUCCCGCUGGUCUCAAUAGUCGUAUCACACAAAGUGAUGUUGCCACGUUGGGACAGUUUCCGUAUGCAGCCGGUUUGAUUACCAGGAUAAAUCUGUUGUUAUCCGGUCAAUGUUCCGGAUCGCUGUUAUCGUCACGAUAUAUUCUGACUUCGGCUAGCUGUAUCAAUGGAAUACAGAGUGCCGUUGCUGUUUUGGGAGGACUUUUCAUCAACGACUCGACGGAACCGGGUCAGUAUCGUAUGACAGUAACUGAAUUUAUCGUCCACUCCGGUUAUGAAGAGGACUCGGAAAACUUCGAUGUAGCUCUGGUGGUCCUGCCAUCGCCUGUAACCAUCAGUGAGCGCAUUGCCCCGGUGCGACUUCCCAACCGUCGGCAGGUCGAGGCUUCCUUCGAACGGCAGCAGGGUACCUUCAUGGGCUGGGGACGAUUCGGAAACGGAACAUCCAACUCGGAGGAGCUUCGAUUCGGUCGAUCGCAGGUCAUCACCAAUCUGGCUUGUAGGAUCAGCCUCGUAACCAGCACGAUCCUGGAUGAACAUAUUUGCACUGCUGGCACGGACGACGAUGCCGGAAAUGGUUCGCCUUGCCAGGGAGACAGUGGAGCACCGUUGACCAUCGUGGAUGCCGAUGGAAUUACCACCCAGAUCGGUGUAUUCUCGUUCCAUUCUACGCUGGGCUGCAACAGUGGCCGUGCUGCCGUUUUCACUAGAAUGUCCGCCUACCUCAACUGGAUCGAGGAGAACUCGGAUGUUGUGAUUCGAGACGAUUUCUGAGAUGCGUUCGUUGGAAAUAAAAUUUCUUAUUAACUGAA